AUAAAAUGAAAAGAGAUAGGCUAGUGACCAGUGAGACGAUCCGCCUCACGCCUGCGGUUGAAAAGCGGACGGGACAGCCGCGUGCUGGCCUUCUUUUCCCGGGCUCUCUGCCCUGCCUCAUCACGACACAGAAUAGAAUCGAAUCAGUUCGUCGGAAAUGAGAACCCGUAGUAACUCCAAGCGUCUCAAACAGUCCGCUGCUGAUGGGCCAGCGGUUAGCAAUUCUUGUCUUGAUUCAGAAAGACAAAGCAGUUUUUCAGUGGAACAUAAUGAGACUCUCGAAAACAUAUCAAGAAAUUCAGUUCGGAAGCUUAUAAAAAAAGCAAGGUCACUUGGAGGUUCUAGAUUCUCAAAUGCUGAUGAUACUUAUCUGCACCGGUGUAGUGAUUGUUCAGGAAAGAUAUUGAGUGAAUCACAAUGUAAGGGCAAGCAACCUACGAAACCCGCAUUUGGUGCUAUUUCUGAUGGCAUGGACAUAAUGCAAAAUACUUCACCAGAAGUAAAAGCUGGUGGGAAGAAUUCUCAGCAUCUGAAACCUGAUAUUGAAGAAGAUGAACUAGAUUGGGAAGAUGGGUCAAUUCCUGCUUCAUCUUCAGAAAAAGCUGGAGUAACCAUUGAGUUUGAUGUUCCAGAAGGUUCUGCUAAACGGAAGACUGUACGUCGUGUCACUGCUGAAGAAAAGGAUUUGGCUGAGCUUGUACAUAAGGUUCAUUUGCUUUGUUUGCUUGGGAGGGGGAGGUUAGUCGAUUGUGCUUGCAAUGAUCCUCUCAUUCAGGCUUCUUUACUUUCACUUCUUCCCACUCACUUGUUGAAGAUAUCAGAUGGACCAAGCCUUACCUCAAAGUCUCUAUCUCCUAUUGUUAGUUGGUUCCAUAAACAUUUCUGUGUUGGAGGUCCAAGUGCUACCAAGGAAUCUAUACAUUUAGCGAUGAGAUCUACUAUUGCAUCUAGGGAAGGAAGCCUUGAAGUGGUUGCUGGUUUGUUUGUGGCACUGUUAAGGGCUCUAAAUAUUACAUCUAGGUUUGUAUCCAUAUUGGACGUGUCCCCUUUGAAGCCUGGCGCAGAAAAACCUUAUUUAUCUAGACGGGCAGGUACUGAUAUAUUUAAAUCCUCAACAUUGAUGGUUGCUGGAUCAAGUCAUUCUCCUGCUGUAAGAGAUCUGAUAUCUAGUUACAAGAGAGGUGUUAGCAGAAGUUCCUCAAGGACCCCAAGUGAUGCAAACAAAACUAAUGGUGGGAAGCCAUUAGAAAAUUCAUCUAAAUCCUAUGAUUCAUCUCUUACUGACACUAUGAAGCAUGGACUCUUGAAUCAGUCAGAGUCUAAUGCUCAGAUAGAACAAUCAAAGAGAAAAGGAGAUCUUGAGUUUGAGUUACAGUUGGAAAUGGCUCUUUCUGCCACAGCAGUUGAAAGUGUUCGGGAAAAUUAUGUCCAACAAUUGGAGGAACCACUACACACAUCAUCAAACCUUUCACCUUACAAAAUAAAGAACAAAAUAUCAGAAGAUUGUUCAGAUGGAAUUUCUACUGCUAUUGGAUCAAAAAAGGUAGGAGCCCCACUAUACUGGGCAGAAGUCUAUUGCAGUGGUGAGAACUUGACCGGAAAAUGGGUACAUGUAGAUUCUGUGAAUGCAAUUGUUGACGGGGAGCAAAACGUGGAAGUUGCUGCUGCUGCAUGUAAAAUUCCUUUGAUAUAUGUUGUUGCUUUUGCGGGAAAUGGAGCUAAAGAUGUGACCCGCAGAUACUGCACAAAGUGGUACAAAAUAAGGUCAAAAAGAGCAAACUCGCAUUGGUGGGAUGAAGUAUUGGAACCAUUGAAGAAGAUGAUGGCAGGACUAGAUGAUUUAGGGUAUCUAAAUAAUGAAGUUUCAAGUACUGGAAAGGAGAGUAUAACGUCAGGGAAAGGAGUCUAUCAUUCAGAGGCAUUUGAAGAAUGUAGUAAUGAGAGGAGAUACUCCCAGUCCUCUUCCAUGGCUUCUAUUCCUUCUCUUUCAAGGAGUGAUGUAGAAGAUAUGGAGUUAGAAACUAAGGCAUUAACUGAACCUAUACCAACCAAUCAGCAGGCUUACAGAACACAUCAUUUGUAUGCUAUAGAAAAAUGGCUUAACAAGUAUCAAGUACUUUAUCCUAAGGGGCCUGUUUUGGGAUUUUGUUCGGGUCAUCCUGUAUACCCACGAACUUGUGUUCAAACACUCCAAACAAAGCAAAGGUGGCUGCGGGAUGGGCUGCAAGUCAAAGCUAAUGAACCCCCAGCAAAGAUUUUAAAGCAUUCUCAAAAGAAAAGAACAGAAGUUUUUGGUGAAGAUGGUGAGAGUAGUGAGGGAGAUUCAGGUGGAACUAUUGAACUUUAUGGAAGAUGGCAAACAGAACCAUUGUCUCUACCUCCUGCAGUCAAUGGCAUUGUCCCCAAGAAUGAACGUGGCCAAGUUGAUGUUUGGUCAGAAAAGUGUCUGCCUCCAGGAACUGUUCAUUUGCCAUUGCCAAGGGUAUAUCUGGUAGCAAAAAGAUUAGAAAUAGAUUUUGCCCCUGCUAUGGUUGGAUUUGACUUCCGCAACAGCCGUUCUGUCCCUGUAUUUAAGGGGAUUGUGGUGUGUGCUGAGUUCAAGGAUGCAAUUUUAGAGGCAUAUGCAGAAGAGGAGGAGAGAAGAGAGGCGGUAGAGAAACACAGAGCAGAAGCAGAAGCACUCUCAAGGUGGUAUCAACUUCUCUCAUCUAUCAUCACCCGCCAAAGGUUAAACAAUGCCUAUGCAAGUGGUGGGCCGUCUAGCGCUCAAAACCUCGACCCUGACAGCUCAGUGAAAAUGAUGACGAGUCAAGCAGAAGGGAAUCAAGAAAAGAUGCUGGAAAAGAAUAAUCAAAUUUUAUUAGGUGCAGAAGAAGAGCACCAUGAACACGUGUUUUUCCUGCAGGAUGAUCAGACUUUAGAUGCAGAUAGUUCCAAUCGAACAAAGCGCUGUUGUUGCGGAUUCUCAAUUCAGUUUGAAGAGUUGUAGAAAAGGGCAUGUUUGACAGGUUGGAAAGCUACCAUUUUUUGUUUGUGAGAUGUCUUGUUACGUCCAAAAAGCUGUAGCCCCGGUUUUUUUGGAAUAAUCAUGUAACGGGGAGUAAUGUUUUUGACGUUUUAAUACCUGUAUUUGACUCCUCUCGGCUUGUACACGUGUAUGAAGUUGGGAUCACCUGGUGUUAACAAAAAGAAGUUAU